CGCGUGGCGCGCGCACUAAGCGACAGACGAAGCGCGCCACGAAGCGACAGACGCUUCGUCCUGUAAUAAUCUAACGGAAGAAAAACUCGAUUACUCUUCUCUGUUGAGGAUAUUUGACUCAGGAGUCAUGAGUGCUGCUGAAGCUGCGUCUGCUCUGGUGGCUCCGGGUUCGAGCUGCGGGUCGGUUCCUGUGGAGCAUCUGGACUACAGCUUCAUCCAGAGCUGCUCAGACCUCAAACAUCUGGAGCAGAUCCUUAGAAUUCUGCGGUCCGGUCAGGAGGGUUUUUACCCUCAUCUGAUUGAGUUCUGUGAGAAACACAUAGAGAAACUGGACCCAAAGUCUCGCGUCCUCAGGAAGGAGAACCGUCCGGCCACCGCAGCCAGCUUCUCCUCAGAGGAAUGGAGGAACAUCUCUGAAGACCUGCAGAUGUGGGAGAGCAGCAUGAGACUGAAUGAAGCGCAGCUGAAGCGACGGCUCAUGUUCAGUGAUGGUGAAAACGUGCCACCGGUGCGAUCCUCACACGGCCCCAUUCAGAGAAGCGUCAGCACUGCAGUGAAGACUGGAAAAACAUCCUGCGUCCCUCGAUCGUACAGAGACUGGGACAGGUUUGAUGUGGAGGCUGAGUGUGCUAACACAGAUGAGAGUGACAGAAACUCGCAUCACGCCUCCAUCCGUCCAUCCGUGCCUGAAAUCACACCGACGAUCAACAGCACAGCUUUGACCGCGCAGGAGAAAGACGCUCUCGCCCGCCGCGAGAAAGACAAAGGCAAUGAAGCGUUCAGGAGCGGCGAUUACGAGGAGGCCGUGGUGUAUUACAGCAGGAGUUUGUCUCUCGCGUCUUCAGCCGCUGCGCUCAAUAACCGCGCUCAGGCUCACAUUAGACUACAGCGCUGGAGCGCCGCACUGAACGACAGCGACGCGGUUCUACAGCUGGAACCUCAAAACAUCAAAGCUCUACUGCGUCGUGCCACUGCACACAAACAUCUGGGUCACCAGCAGGAAUCCCAUGAUGACCUGAGAGCCGUUCUCCUGCUAGAGCCACACAACACCACAGCACUGAAGCUGCUGACGGACGAGACGGAGAGUGAUCGGUGUGAGGAGACACGCAGCACGGGCAGGAAGAUCCUCAUUCAGGAAGUGGAUGAUGACGAGGAGGAGGAUGAAGACGCUCAGGAUGAGAAGAGAGACGCUAGCGGGACAGAGAGUGGAAUCAUGGGAAAUACACAGAUGAUGCUCAGCUGCACCAAUGUGCAGACAGACGAACCGACCAAUGACAACAGCAGCAGCAGACGGGGCGGUUCAGCAGCAGAACAGACACCUGUCGACGCCCACACUGAAGCUCCACCCACUGAACACGCCCACCUGAACAACGAGGGAAACAGAUCAGCUGGAGAAACUCAGACAGAGAAACACACACAUGACAACACUGAACACACAACUGCAGAGUUUGCGCUCCUGAAGGAUGAUGGGAAUGCUCUGGUGCGGAGCGGCUGCUAUCAGGAGGCUGUGGACAGAUACACUGAAUGUCUGCAGCUCAAACCACACGAAUGUGCCGUUUACACCAACAGAGCGCUCUGCUACAUCAAACUCCAGCGCUUCACUGAGGCCCGGCAGGACUGUGACUCCGCCCUUCAGCUCCAGCCCACCAAUAAGAAAGCUUUCUACAGACGCGCACUGGCCAAUAAGGGCCUGAAGGAUUACGCGGCGUGUCGUUCAGACCUGCAGCAGGUGUUGUGUUUGGAUGCGAGUGUGACGGAGGCGGAGCAGCUGCUGAUGGAGGUCACACGUCUGAUGACAGACAGCAGAUGUUCAUCAGGAGCUCGCAGGAGCGUCACCAUCACUGAGGUGGAGGAUGAUGAUGACGAUGAAGAUGAGGGCAGCAGUGCAGUCGGGCCGCAGCGGUGCAGUGCGGACGUGUCGUCCGUCUCCCUGUGGUCGUCUAGCGUGUUUGAGUUCGGUCAGGCGCUGAACGGCGCUCUCUCUCACGGUGACCUGCUGACCUGCGCUGAGCUCCUGCGCUCCGUUUCGUCCGAACGCCUGCCCCGGCUCAUCGGCACACAGCUGGACGGACGCGCGCUGGGCUUCAUCAUACGGGCGCUGAACACACACCUGCUGCACACACGCCCCGAGACGGUGUUUCAGCACCUGCAGCAGCUGCACACGGCACACAGACUCACGAUGGUGCUGAUGUUGUUGGACGGUGAGGAUCGCUCACAGCUCUCACAGAUCUUCCAGAAGCUUCGUGCUGUGCAGACCGAGGCUUUCUCACAAAGUGACGUCACAAACCUGGCCAACAAAUACAUGUGACGCUCCUCCAACAUUCCCACGAUUCCGCUCUCAUCUUCACCGCGCGGCUCCGAGACGAGAGGAAACACGACGGACGGUCAGAACCUGCGGCGUCACACAGAUCGUCAGACACGAGACGCUUCUACAGACAUUCACGAGAGUAAACGCGGUCUGACGUUUCCUGAUUAACUGAAUGUCUCGCUGUGAAAAGCAGGUUUUGUUCUCAGUUCUCAACGGAAGAUGAUUUGAUUGUUUUUCUGAACUAUAAACGAGCGUUCGGGUCAAUAAACUACCGUCUCAUUAUCCUGGAGAUCCUGUGUGUGAUUCAGCAGCAGACAAACAGACGACUGCAGAAUGACUUACAAGUGAUUAAAGCAGUUUAUUCAUACAACAUCCUACAUUAUAUCUGCUCAAUGAAAUCCAGUGCUAUGCUGAUGAUUCCAGAAAUAGUGUCUGUUUUGUUCUUUCAUGUCACACUUUCUCAUUA